AAUUAUCAAACGCUCAUUUGAAGAGAAGACCGUCACAGUGAACUCUUCACCCUGAUUUGUGGUUCAUUGUGAGAUUCCUCUCAUCAUAUAAGAAAUACAGUUUGUGUGCAACAAACGCAAUAAAAGGAAAUAAUUAUAUAUGUAAAAAAAAAAAAAAACUCGUUCUUUCUUCACGUAAAGUGAGCUCGGACUAAACCCGUGUCAUUGUAGACCGUGCGUGUGAAAGCCGGCGAUAACGUACACGGCGACUCCACUGCGCGACAUUUCAACGCACCAAUCAGUUGCGGAGGAGCUGAUUGAGUCGACUUCCCUACAGUGGAGGAGCUGUGGCGAAACGGACGUACGGACGGCGGCGUCUCACACACGGAUCCUCAUCACCACGUCCACCACCACCACCACCAUCACCACCAGCUUUAGCCGAGUCUGUGCGGUCCGAGCGCGGCGAGAGACCACCGAGGUUCAGCGGGACAUCCGUUUGUGUUCGGAGCCGGUCAGAGAGUCUGCAGUGCCGGGGACAUGGCCGGUAUUCUGGCGUGGUUUUGGAACGAGCGCUUCUGGCUCCCGCACAAUGUAACAUGGGCUGACUUAAAAAACACUGACGAGGCAACGUACCCGCAAGCCGAGGAUCUGUAUCUGGCGUGUCCUUUAGCUUUCUGCAUCUUUAUGAUACGGCUGGUCUUUGAAAGGUUUAUUGCAAGACCAUGUGCGAUGGGCCUGAAGAUUCAAGCCAGCGGGCCUCAAAAAGCACAACCCAACGCUAUCCUCGAGAAGGUUUUCACCGCUAUAACCAAGCACCCAGAUGAGAAGAGGCUGGAGGGCCUGUCCAAGCAGCUCGACUGGGACGUGCGGACCAUUCAGCGCUGGUUCAGACAGCGACGCAACCAGGAGAAGCCCAGCACUCUCGCUCGAUUCUGUGAAAGCAUGUGGAGAUUUACAUUCUACCUGUACAUUUUUACCUAUGGAGUUCGUUUCCUUAAAAAGACUCCCUGGCUAUGGAACACUAAAGAGUGCUGGUACAACUACCCUUACCAGCCACUGACUGUGGACAUCCAUUACUAUUACAUACUGGAGCUGUCUUUCUACCUCUCCCUACUCUUUUCCCAAUUUACAGAUAUCAAGAGGAAGGACUUCUUGAUCAUGUUCCUGCACCACGUGGCAACAAUCUCACUCAUCACCUUUUCCUACGUGAACAACAUGGCACGAGUGGGAACUCUGGUCAUGUGUCUGCAUGACGCGGCGGACGUGCUGAUAGAGGCUGCCAAGAUGGCCAACUAUGCCAAAUGUCAGAUUCUGUGCAACCUCCUGUUUGCAAUGUUUGCAGUUCUCUUCAUAAGUUCCAGACUGGGGGUUUACCCUGUGUGGAUUUUAAACACCACCUUGUUUGAGAGUUGGGAGAUAGUAGGGCCCUACCCGUCCUGGUGGGUCUUCAACCUGCUGCUCAUCCUGCUACAGCUCCUUCACUCCUUCUGGUCCUACCUCAUAGUGAAGACAGCGUGUCGAGCCAUAUCCAAAGGAAAGGUGGGGAAAUGGAAUCCUUUACAUGUGUCUAAAGACGACCGCAGUGACAUUGAGUCCAGCUCUGAUGAGGAUGACAGCCCCCCACCCAGUCAGAAGCACCACAGCAGCGCCACCAAUGGGACCAAUAAAAAUCACGGGACCAACGGCUACCUGACCGGAGUCCCGUACUCCGAUGAACACUGACUAAGCUUAUAUCACAGCAACCUGUGUGCGUGUACGUAUUUGAGUGUAGGGUGGACACGUGAACAACAUCGCCGGUCUGGUACUGAAAGUGCAUACAUCAAUUACGUGAUUGUCGUUUUGUUCUCGGUUUGAUUCUUUUACGAUCGCCCUGCGCAAAUGUUCCUUCUUUGCAACCUCCAUGUGUGUAUUUGCAUCAAAGCCUAAUUUCAGUGAGAUAUUAAAGCACUAAUAUCAUUACAAGCCACUCUCUGUUUAGCCAAUUGAAUGACAGCAUUCCACUUUAUGGUGUAAGCAUGCCAAUUUAACAUACAAUAGUCUGGCAUACAAGGGGUGUGAUUCCCCAAUGUUUGUCUCUUUCUGUGUUAUUUAUUUUUUUUCUAAAUAUGUUUGCAGGCGGUUUAGUCGGACACCUGUUCUACUAUAAUGUCAGUAUAAGUGAUUAAAUAAUCUCGGACAGGAAGCAGAUUUGUUUUUUCCCACAUGUCACUAGUAUUAGCGAAAUGCUGAAGAACCGGGUUUUUUUUUUUUUAAUGCUACACUCCCAAAGAUUUGCCGAAAUGACGACCGAGUUUGUCUUCACUUAGAUGAAUUGUAAUAUAUGAGGUUCACUCACAUUUGGGAAACAACAACACGACACAUUCUCCACUCCAACAAUAUAUGAGAUGUCAAUAACAGUAUUAUGUGUGUGCAUCAGACAUGGCUUUGGUGCUCUCUCUCUCUCGAAGCAUUUUGUUAAGUAUUCUGGUACGUUUCUGGUAAGCAUUUUCCAUUUGCUCUCUCCUAUGAGGCAAACAUGAGUUGUUUGAACUAUUCAAUAAAAACAAAAACAUAAAUACUGCAAA